AUGUUCUCUAGUAACGAGUGCAAGGAAUGCAAAUUUUCCGGUACCUCUAAAGGAAGAGCCUCAUAUGGAACGGUGACAAGUCUCCAAUUUUCAGCCGGUGUGACACAAUCUUUAAAAGUGUUUUCCCCUUUGGUGAAAGUCUUUCGAAUGGUUGAUGCGGAUUGGAAGCCCUCAAUGUGUUUUGUUUACGGUGAGCUUAAAGUGGCAAAAGAAGAAAUUAUGAAAGCGUUGGGUGGCAACGAGAAAGCUUACAAGCCUAUUAUAGAUAUCAUAAACAACAAGAUGAAAGUUAGGCUAGAUUCAAAAUUACAUUUGACGGCUUAUCUUUUGAAUCGUUACUACCAUUAUAAUGAUUCCAAAAUCCAAAAUGAUCCCAACGUAAUGGAUGCGGUUCUUGAAUUUUUUGAUACAUUACUUUUUGGGGAUUUUGAGAUGCAAAGACAAGUCGUGAUGAUUGAUUUUCCAAAAUACAAGGAAAAGGUUGAUAGAUUUGGAGCAGAUCUUGCAAUUAAAGGUUGUAUGGUGAACAAUGCCGACUUUGAUCCGGAUAAUAUGCUUUAUGUUUAUUUUACAAGAUGGUGGGGACUUUUUGGUGGCUCAACUCCUCAUUUGAAAAAGAUUGCAAUGAGGAUUCUUUCUUUAACUAGUAGCUCAUCGGGUUGUGAAAGAAAUUGGAGCACGUUUGAAGCGGUACAUACGAAGAAACGAAAUAGAUUGGAGACAAAUAGAUUGAACAAUCUUGUUUAUGUUCAAUUCAAUGUUAAUCUAAUGGAAAAAAACAAAAAGAGAAAAGAUACGACUUUGGAAGUGCUUUUAGCAAAUGAUUCUCACUCGGAUCAAGAAUGGAUUAUAGAUGGAGAUGACGGUGAUGGAGAUGAAGUUGACCCCAAAUCAGUUAUGGAAGCGAUUGAUGAAGCUCUCGAGACUAAUGAUAAUCAAGUACCCCAUAAAAGUUCAACAACUAGAGAACUUUAUGAUAAAGAUUUCGAAUCCGAGAAUGAGGAGCAAGUGUUUGAAGAAGAUGAAUAUGAGUCGGAUGGAGUUAAAAUAGUGGAAGAACGUGAAGAUUAG